AUGAACAAGCAGCGUAAGUUGGAGGAAGCUUUAAGAAUGGGUGUCGAUUCCAGGCGUCACAGAGUGGACAUGCUUCUUUCUUCAACAGUGGAUUCGUUGCUGAAUCAUCAUAUUGAGUUUUCUCCAGCUACCAUUACGGACUUUGCACUACAGAAUCAAAUGCUGAAGUGUAUUUUGCUAGAGCCUGAAAAUGAAAUACCAGCGGAACAAUGUGGUACUGUUAGUGAUAGUAGGUCGAAGCAAUGUGUUACCAAAGAUGCAUUGGACAAGUUACCGAAGCAUGCAAGCAAAUUGUGA